UCAUUGCUGUCAAAAGAAAAGCGGCGUUUGUUUUGAUUGUGCAAAUUGCGAUUUGCGGUUCUAUUUCCUUAUUUUAGUAUAUUUCAUCUAUCAUGGAUGGGGAUUUGUACGAUGAAUUCGGUAAUUAUAUCGGUCCAGACUUAGAAUCGGACUCUGAUGAUGAGCAGAGUGUGUACGGACAAGACAAUCGCGAUGUGGACGAGGACGCGAUGGACGAAGACGAGGAUGCAGACGCUGAACCUGAAGCGGCUCCAAUGUCUGUUGUACUGCAUGAAGAUAAGAGGUAUUACCCUCAAGCAGUGGAAGUGUACGGGCCAGACGUAGAAACAGUUGUACAGGAAGAAGACACACAGGCUCUAGACAAACCGUUAGUAGAGCCCGUCAAACACAAGAAGUUCCAAAUGCAGGAGCAGCAGUUACCAGAGACAACCUACAACAUGGAGUACCUGGCCGAUAUGCUGGAUAACACCAACCUGAUGAGAAAUGUAACUUUGAUGGGACAUUUACAUAAUGGCAAAACCUCCUUUGUUGAUUGUCUCAUGCGUCAAACUCACCCCAGUACAAUCAACCACGAGACUACCAUACCCAUGAGGUACACUGACACUUUAUUUGUUGAGCAAGAGCGAGGUGUCUCCAUAAAGAGUAUGCCGGUCACACUCAUGCUGAAGGACAUAAAGGGGAAGUCACAUCUGCUAAAUAUCAUGGAUACGCCGGGACAUGUUAAUUUUAGUGACGAAGUGACUGCUGCUCUAAGGAUAUCAGAUGGUGCAGUACUAUUUGUGGAUGCAGCAGAAGGUAUAAUGUUAAACACUGAACGUCUCCUGCGGCACGCUGUCCAAGAGAGAGUACCUCUAACUAUAUGCAUCAAUAAGAUAGACCGUCUUAUCCUGGAGCUAAAGCUGCCGCCUGCGGACGCGUACUACAAGCUGAGGCAUAUAAUAGACGAGCUCAACUCCAUGUUAGAGACCAACCAACCGCAGGACAAUCCUGAAGAGCCAGCGGCUGUGUUGUCACCACUCUUGGGCAACGUGUGUUUCGCGUCGUCGCUAUACGACGUGUGCUUCACGCUGGAGUCGUUCGCGGCGAUGUACGCGGCGACGCACGACGCGCUGCGCGCGCGCGACAUGGCGGCGUGGCUGUGGGGCGACGUGUACUUCAACGCCAAGACGCGCCGCUUCAGCAGGAAGCAGCCGCACGCGUCCGCGCAGCGCAGCUUCGUCGAGUUCAUACUCGAGCCGCUCUACAAGAUCUUUGCACAGGUGGUGGGCGACGUGGACGACACGCUGCCGGCCGUGCUGUCGGAGCUGGGCAUCAAGCUCACCAAGCAGGAGGCCAAGCUGAACGUGCGCCCGCUGCUGAGGCUCGUUUGCAGCCGCUUCUUUGGAGACUUCUGCGGCUUCGUGGACAUGGUGGUGCAGCACGUGCCGUCGCCGCAGGCCGCCGCGGCACGCAAGGUGGCGCACGCGUACCGCGGCGCGGCGGGCGCGCUGCACGACGACAUGGCGGCGUGCGACCAGGCCGGCCGCCUCGUGGCGCACACCACCAAGAUGUACCCCACCGACGACUGCACCUUCUUCUUGGUGCUAGCGCGCGUAAUGUCCGGCACGCUGUACGCGGGGCAGGCGGUGCGCGUGCUGGGCGAGAACUACAGCACGCAGGACGAGGAGGACUCGCGCAUCAUGAACGUCGGCCGCCUGUGGAUAUACGAGGCGCGGUACAAGGUGGAACUAAAUCGUGUGCCAGCCGGUUGUUGGGCUCUCAUCGAAGGUAUCGACCAGCCGAUAGUGAAGACCUGCACCCUUGUCUCCGCUGAUGAGGAGGAGGAGCUGCACACAUUCAAACCUUUGCGCUUCAACACACAGGCUGUGGUCAAGAUUGCUGUGGAGCCUGUAAACCCUUCGGAACUGCCCAAAAUGCUGGAUGGUCUCAGAAAGGUGAACAAAUCGUACCCGGUCCUGUCGACUCGCGUGGAGGAGAGCGGCGAGCACGUGGUGCUGGGUACAGGCGAGCUGUACCUGGACUGCGUCAUGCACGACCUGCGCAACAUGUACUCCGAGAUCGACAUCAAAGUCGCGGACCCGGUGGUCUCGUUCUGCGAGACGGUGGUGGAGACUUCGUCGCUGAAGUGUUUCGCGGAGACGCCCAACAAGCGCAACAAGCUGACGAUGAUCGCGGAGCCCUUAGAGCGCGGCCUGGCCGAGGAUAUCGAGGCGGGCGCCGUGUGCGUCACGUGGGACCGCCGCCGCCUCGGCGAGUUCUUCCAGACCAAAUAUGAUUGGGAUUUGUUGGCAGCGCGUUCUAUCUGGGCCUUCGGGCCCGACGCGACCGGGCCAAACAUUCUGGUAGACGACACGUUGCCGUCCGAAGUGGACAAACACUUGCUCGCCUCCGUCAAGGAUAGUAUUGUUCAAGGCUUCCAGUGGGGCACUCGCGAGGGCCCGCUGUGCGAGGAGCCCAUCCGCAACGUGAAGUUCAAGAUCCUGGACGCCGUCAUCGCGCAGGAGCCGCUGCACCGCGGCGGCGGGCAGAUCAUACCCACUGCCAGGAGGGUGGCAUACUCUGCUUUCCUGAUGGCAACUCCUCGCCUGAUGGAGCCCUACCUGUUCGUGGAGGUGCAGGCGCCGGCCGACUGCGUGUCAGCCGUGUACACCGUGCUAGCGAAGAGGAGAGGUCACGUGACACAAGACGCGCCCGUACCGGGCUCGCCGCUGUACACCAUCAAGGCGUUCGUGCCCGCGAUAGACUCGUUCGGCUUCGAGACCGACCUGCGCACGCACACGCAGGGCCAGGCCUUCUGUCUGCAAGUGUUCCAUCACUGGCAGAUCGUGCCCGGCGACCCUCUCGACAAGAGCAUAGUCAUCAGGCCAUUAGAACCGCAGCCCGCCACUCACCUAGCGCGCGAGUUCAUGAUCAAAACCCGCCGACGGAAAGGACUGAGCGAAGACGUGUCCAUCAACAAGUUCUUCGACGACCCUAUGUUGCUGGAGCUCGCUCGGCAAGAUGUACAAUUUAAUUAAACUUUAAUUAUAUACGUUCCACAUUA